AUGAAUGAACCAACACGUGUGCCAAUUUUGGCACCUCCCAAGGCACGCAGGAUGCGCGUACACUGGCUGAGUGUGGCCCUGGUGCUGCACUGUUGGCUGCUCCUCAUCCUGCUCCUGUCCACCUCUGCGGCGGACUCGACCACGCUGAACAGUGCUGGCCAGAGCAUCCACGACAUCAAGGGAGUACCACAGCUGAAAUGGAAUGCCCUGCUCCAACGGCCCGCAUAUACGGCGCAGGUGACCAAGAAGGGUAACCCGCUGCUGAUGCUGAUGGAGCCAGCCCUGCCGGCGCUCAAGUACAUGCUCCCGUUGGUGGCAUUGCUGGCCCUGCCCGAACUGCUGAGCUCGGCCCUGUCGAGCCUCAGGGGCAUGGCGGCGCUGAACGCCGGCGCGUACACGGUGCAGGCCCGGCGCAGGGGCCGCAGGGGCGUCAUGGACGGAGGCCCGGCCCGAGGAGGCCGCGCGGCGCCCGGCGGCGUCGACUUCAUGGAGGGCGCCCAGCAGAUGAUGACCCUGCUGGCUCGGUUGGACGAGGCCGUGCAGCGGUACGGCCAGCAGGAGGCCGCCUGCCAGCUGAAGGCCAUGUGCGAGUUCCACCGCUCCGCGAUGAGUCCCGAGGCGGGCACCGUGGCCAAGAACAUCAUCUCUAUGCUCAAAGCGGACGGCAGGGUGGAACGGUCAGCGAUGCCCGAGGACCAGAAGGCCGCACUGCAAGACUUCCUCAAGGCUGCCCAGAACGGACUGCACCAGCGGAACUGCACGCGCAUCUACCGCGACUGCCACGAGACCACAACCUAACUAGGAUCGCUAUAGCUAAUUAAUCCGCGUAUCGUCCUUUCCGUAUUAUGUUGAGUUUCGCACCGACGACGCUGCGAGACCAGCAAGCGCUCUUGCCUAAGGGAAUUGUGAAGGUUCGGGUCAAGGCGUGCGCGUGUUCUGUGCACUGAAGACGGAGGGCUCCAACUGAAAGUGACAGUUGUUUUGUGCACUCCACGACGGUGUUUCCAGAAGGUGCCAGCUAUACUCGCCUCUGUCGGCACCAUGGAGCCUGGCGUGUGACAUGUGUUCGCUUUCGCUGUGACAGCGGAAAAAAUGAGUGGAGGGUGGCUGGUGUUGAUCACACGGGGAAAAGCUUCCACAUCGGGACAAGAUCGACAGGAGCACAAGCUCGACGUUUUAAUAGCGCGAUAGCAGUUCCGUACCGGCCCAGUCAUUUGCUGAUCGCUCCUCGCACAGGCUGUGACACUGCAGAAUCAAGACGCUAUGUCCAACGCGCUUUCAUCAUUCCUGAUAGCACGGGCAAUAACUAGUGCCGUUUACAUUCUGACAAAACAGAAACGCUGCCAACUCAUUCUGUGGGAGUGACUGCUUGUCGCGUGCUCAAACUCCCUUAUGAGCGCUCUCGUUAUCACAAAUGAAACAAAUUCAGUUUGUUUAGCAACAGACCGAACGUACUCCAUUGUCGAGAACAAGAAUUUGCGAAAACGGAGUUGAGGAUGGCACAAGCAGCUACUCCCGCAAAUGCGCUAACUGCAUUCCCUUACUUCUCAGUGUGCAUAAUUUCUCACGACGGGAACGACAGCUGGACGACAGCGCCGUCGGCAUACGAGUUUGUCCGUGCUAUCAUCGUCCUGCCUUGUGCAAAGUUACGCAAUGCUGUCCACUGAUUAUCGAGUGCUAAUAACCCCUCACAUUGCUCUUAGUUAAUGUAAUUUCAGGUUUGUGAUAACAUGCACUCCGAGCCUCCUAUGAGCAGGCAUUUAUACGAAAGAGUCGUGUUUGAGAUCGAUGGCACAUGGCCGCGCAUCUCGGUAGCUGAGAUGUCAGAUGCGAUCAGUCGAAUACGGCUGAACUGCAAGACGCUAAGCUAGCACGAUCAUAGCAGUUUUAGUAACCGGACGAGCGCGCUGAGACAGUUCGAAGGGUAUGUCCUUUCAAUCUUGUCCCGUAUGUACUACCUCCCAUAGUAUUUCAUAAUGUGUCAUGUCAGCGUGUGGAAGUUCUCGUGCGCCAUUCUUUGUUAUGCACGCGUCUGUGUGCCUCCCCGCAGACCAACAUGUCUUUUUUUUUUUAAGAGAGGAAUAUGGCUGCUUUCUGCAAUGGCUAGCAGCUCCACCGACCUUCGACUUUUCUACAGCUCGUAAUUAUUAGCGUAUGUUCACGCGGUAUACUCGACAGGUGGAUAGCUUUGUUGUGU